GAUGGGUUCGUGACGGUCAGUCGGAACCGGCGUUGUCGCGUCUACUCUCUGGCAUUAGAAUUCGGCGACUUUUGUUGUCUGUGAUUUUUUAUUUCAUUUUUGUAUGGUGGUGUCGUAAAUAUUGAAUCACGUUUCGAUUGUCGUCUCGUGGAAAGGGGUGGGGCGUUUGGGGUAUUUGAUAUUGAUGAGAGGCACCGCACAUAACACCCGGGACAGCACGAAAAUGUCCCCGAAGAAGACGACGACGACGACGACGACGGCGACGCCGUCGCCCGACGACAGCGCGCGAGACAAGGAAACGGCCCGGGCGUCCGUAACCACACCCCUUAAGGCCUAACUUCCAUUCUCCUGCCCACUGCAAGUGUGAAAAUGGUGGGGGUGUUGUCGCGACGCUAUUGGUCGCCUACCUAACACCGACACCGCUCACGGCCAAUCGCGAAGCGUCGGGAUCAUUAACACAGGCAAGUGUCGGAGUCGCUGGCUCGCCAGUAUAGUCCGGCGUUGUCUUUUGUGGCGUUUAGAGGUGUAAGUUUUAACACUACGUCGUCCGGGGUGGCAACACACACACACACAUAUUUACACACACACAUUCACCACACGUCCUACUUACUGCUUAUAUGAAACCAUCGAAAAAAAUUGUUUCGCGAGUGUGCGGACCCGCGUGACAGUUUCGAACGUUGACAGUGCGCGUUGUUUCGCCAUCGUCAGGUCAUUUUCGUUUUAUAUGAUCGUAAAUCGGCGGUGGCACCGAAUCGCCGCUAAAACACGGGACAAAUGCGUUACGAAAGUGGUCUGGACACAACAACGACACCGGACGCCGUGAAGAAAACGAUGGCCUAUCAUCCGUUUCUUCAGUUGCCGCGACAGACCGAUUUCAGCGUGUCAUCGUUGUUGACCGCCGCCAAUAAUACGUCGCCGUCGAACACGUCGCCGACGGGGGCGGCGGCGGCGGCCGCGGCGGCCGGUUUUUUCCCGUCGUUGGCCGCUCUCGGCCAAAAUCCCCAUUCUUGUUAUCCGGGAACGUUGAUACCCAAGAUACCGCAUCCCCAUCCUCAUCACGCGCUCACCGGUCAUCCCUACACGACGGCGGAGGACGUGGUGUUGGCCGCCGUGGCCGCUCACAAUCACCACCCGGCCAUGGUGAGACCCCUGAGAGCGAUCCAGCCCGAAGACGACGGUGUGGUCGACGAUCCGAAGGUCACGCUGGAAGGGAAAGAUCUGUGGGAAAAGUUUCACAAGUUGGGCACGGAGAUGGUGAUCACCAAGAGCGGCAGGCAAAUGUUUCCCCAAAUGAAAUUUCGAGUGUCCGGUCUCGACCUGAAAGCCAAAUACAUCCUAUUGCUGGACAUUGUAGCAGCAGACGACUACCGCUACAAGUUCCACAACAGUAGAUGGAUGGUGGCCGGGAAGGCGGAUCCGGAAAUGCCGAAACGGAUGUACAUACACCCGGAUAGCCCUUCGACCGGCGAGCAAUGGAUGCAGAAGGUCGUUUCCUUUCACAAACUCAAAUUGACGAAUAACAUCUCGGACAAACACGGAUUUUUAAAAGAAAAGUCCAUUGAUUUUCUGACGAUAUUAAACUCCAUGCACAAAUACCAGCCUAGAUUUCAUCUAGUUCGGGCCAACGACAUCUUGAAACUACCGUACUCGACGUUUCGGACGUACGUCUUCAAGGAGACCGAAUUCAUUGCGGUCACGGCUUAUCAAAAUGAAAAAAUAACCCAACUGAAAAUAGACAAUAAUCCAUUCGCCAAGGGUUUCAGAGAUACCGGUGCGGGCAAGAGGGAGAAAAAUUACAGACAGGCGAUGCUGGCACAACGGCAUACGGACGACAAAACGUCCCACCCUUUGCCGGCGAGAAUGUCCGCGGACAGUAGUACGGUGUCGAAAACGGACGAGUCGGAACUGGACGUCGUCGGUACGGCGGACAGUCCCAGGCCCUCGUUGCACUCGUCCACUCCUGUCGCUUCGUCAAUGAAUCACUCUGGCGCAGAAGACGACUCGCUGCGCAGGCGGUUACACGACGACUCUGGCUCAGAGUCGAGCUGUUCCGAGUCACCAGGCAGCACGGCGUUCCGGCCCCGUCCCACGUCCCCGAAAGACGGUGCCGCCGGGCCUUCCAACUCCUCGGGGGAGUACCCCGCGCCGAACAUAAGCGUCGGUCCGCCGAUCCACCCACCGCCCCACCUUCUACCCUACCUCUAUCCUCCGGGAAUGUAUCCCGGUGCCGCGGGUCCCCCCUUUGGUCCCCCCCUGAGCCUGUUUACCGGUGCGCACGCGCCCGGCGGCAUGAAUCCCGGUCUCCUGUUUAACGCGCAGCUCGCACUGGCCGCGCAGCAUCCCGCUCUCUUCUCCCACUACCAGAAUCUCGCCCAUCCGAACCCCCACCAUUUGUCGCCCACGUCUCCCAUCCACAACCACCUUAAAGGUAGCCAUAGAUUUACCCCGUACUCGUUGCCCGGCGCUAACGGGGGCGGCGGCGGGGUGAGCUCUUCGCCAUUGGGGAGCGCGUUCGAGACGGUCACCCCCGGUUCCCACACCAGGAGUUUGAGCAACUCGCCGAACUCGACGAAGAUCAGGGCGGGGUCGUUGUCGCCGCCGAUGCGGUCGAGCACGACGUCGCCGAAACCGGAGGCGGCGACGUCGCCGAGCGACUUGAAGAGCAUAGAAAAAAUGGUCAACGGAUUGGACGUCAAAAAACACGAGGACCUCGGGGAUAAAUAAUAGUGAGCGAUGGGGGCGCGGUUUUAUUAUUUACGCAGCCGUACUGUGUGCGGGUCGGUUCGUGUCUAAUCGGCAAAAAUGAAAGAAAAAAAAACCGUUUUGAUUUUGAAAAUUUGUUGGAAUUUAAAUCUCAUUUUUUUAAAACAAAAUAAGUUUUUUUUUUUUGAAGCCUCAUUUUCACUUUUCGAUCGAGACGCAGAAUAAAUAGACAACCAGAAUGAUAAUUGAAUGAAUAGAAAAACGGUAUUGAUUUUCGAAAAUUUUUGGAAUUGAAAUCUAAUUUUUUUAAAGCAAAAUAACUUUUUUUUUAAGCCUUAUUUUCACUUUUCGAUCGAGACGCAGAAUAAAUAGACAACCAGAAUGAUAACUGAAUAAAAAGAAAAACGGUAUUGAUUUUGGAAAGUUUUUGGAAUUUGAAAUCUAAUUUUUUUAAAGCAAAAUAACUUUUUUUUUAAGCCUUAUUUUCACUUUUCAAUCGAGACGCAGAAUAAAUAGACAACCAGAAUGAUAAUUGAAUGAAAGAAAAAAGAAACGGUAUUGAUUUUGGAAAGUUUUUGGAAUUUAAAUCUAAUUUUUUUAAAGCAAAAUAACUUUUUUUUUUAAGCCUUAUUUUCACUUUUCGAUCGAGACGCAGAAUAAAUAGACAACCAGAAUGAUAAUUGAAUGAAUGAAAAAAGAAACGGUAUUGAUUUUGGAAAGUUUUUGGAAUUUAAAUCUCAUUUUUGGAAAACAAAAUAACUUUUUUUUUUGAAGUCUUGUUUUCACUUUUCGAUCGAGACGCAGAAUAAAUAGACAACCAGAAUGAUAACUGAAUGAAAAGAAAAACGGUAUUGAUUUUCGAAAAUUUUUGGAAUUGAAAUCUAAUUUUUUUAAAGCAAAAUAACUCUUUUUUUUUUUGAAGCCUUAUUUUCACUGUUCGAUCGAGACGCAGAAUAAAUAGACAACCAGAAUGAUAAUUGAAUGAAAGAAAAAAGAAACGGUAUUGAUUUUGGAAAGUUUUUGGAAUUUAAAUCUCAUUUUUGGAAAACAAAAUAACUAUUUGUUUUUUUUUUUUGAAGUCUUGUUUUCACUUUUCGAUCGAGACGCAGAAUAAAUAGACAACCAGAAUGAUAACUGAAUAAAAAAAAAAAAAGGUAUUGAUUUUGGAAAAUUUUUGGAAUUUAAAUCUCUUUUUUUUUUUAAUUUUUCUUUUUUUUAUGUCUCGUUUUCACUUUUCGAUCGAGACACGGAAUAGAUAGACAACCAGAAUGGUAACUUUCAAUUUUUUGUAUGUAUGUAGUUCCACAGAAAAUAAAAUAUGCAAUUAUGUACUCAACAAAUUAAACGGAAUCGCAAUUUUAACUAAAUUUAAACAUUUGGAAAAUUGUAAUAUCAAAAUUAAUAAAAAUGUAUAGUUCAGUUAAUAAAUAUUUUCGUAGGAAAAUUUUAUUUUUUGUAAUUUAAAAGUCAAACUUCGCGUAAAUUAAACGUUAUUUUAUAAAAAAAAAUAAAAUCAAAUUUAUAGGAAUAUCAGUUGUAUUUUGUAGUAAAUCAAAGAUUUCUUUGAUAUUUAAAAACUUUUCUUUUUUAGGUUUUUCCGCUAAUUUUCGAAAUAUAAAUUUUAAUUUUUAAAUUUUCUUUUAAAGAAAAUUUGAAAUAUGUGGGGAACUGUUUUACGAAGACUUUGUAAUGGACUUUCCUAUAAAUCUGCCACCAAUUUAUUAUUAUCAGAAAUACCACUAUUUUUCUGUUAGCAGCUGAUGAAACUGUUGUUGUUAUUAUUAUUAUCCAUAGUUCACAAUAUAAAAUCAAGUUAAAGUGUCUUAAUAACAUUAAAUAAAAAUCUAUAAACAAAUAUUUAAUAGUCACAGAUUCUUUGCAAAUAAUUUUGAAAUAACUACAUAUAAUGUUUACAUAAUUUAUAUUUAGAUAAGCUAGAAGAAUAUGAAGUCUUAUAUAUAGUCUUACAAAAUAGUCUUUCCAAUAAUUAUAUACGUACAUUUUAUUAAUUUUAUUAAUUUUUUUAAACUCAAUUAAUAAAAGCGUUUAUUGUUUAUUUUUAUGUUUCACGGGUACAUCUUUUAUAGGUUUUACGUCGCACAAAAUGUUUGGUACAUUUUGUGGAUUUUAAACCAAUCAAUAACAAAUAUGAUUGUUUUUUAAAUUUUUAGUGUGCUCGAUUCGACGCGAAUUGACCCGUUUUUCUUAUUUUAAUUUCGAUACAAAAAAAAACAGGCCAAGUAGAGUACCGGUUUAGGGCACGACCCGAGUAAAAUACGUCAAAACGGUGAUAACUGGUCCUGUGAUAGAUCCCUGUGGGACGCUCCACGUGCCUGUUCCCCCCCCAGCUCCGCUUGACCUUUGUAUACGGGAUAAUUUUGCAAUAUGACCCUACUGUAGAGAAACGCUCAUAUUUAUAUUUCCUACUUGUUAAGGAGAGAUCGUUUGGUAGUGCUGUACUUGUUCGUUGACGACGUUAGUUUCGAACGGAUUCGGUUCGAUCGAGGUCGAAGUGCGUCUGAUAUUAGCUAAGCAAUUAAGGUUGUUAAUAUACAAUGCAAUAAUUUUAAUUUUUUUAUUUCGAAUUCGAGCAUAGUUGUUUUUGUUUUAUAUUUUUAAUCAUUUGAUCGACAAUCUUACCAAAUUUUUGGUAAAGUUUCAACCCCCAAGACUUGUUCAAAUAUGAAAAAUACGAACUUUAGGAAUAGAAUAGAAAUUUGCAUGACUAUUACUAUUGCAACAUCAUUAAUAUUUUAAUGAAACGUUAAAAAUAUGAAAACAAAAACAAAAUGUGUUUUUGCAUCUGGCCGAUAGAUCGUCACUACCGGGUUGCCAGAUUUAAUUUUUGGAAAUUCCGGAUAAUGUGUAGAAUUCAGGUCAUCUAAACAAAAUGACAGCCUGAAGGUGUGCUAGAGCAGAAUUGUAUUCCAAUUCGGGUGCAAUAACUCUGGAAACUGGGGUAUAUUUACGUACUUCUUAUCUAUGCUGAAAUAACAAAUUGAUUUUACUUGACGGGUCGUUCCAGACGCACUUCGGCCGAGAAAAUAUCCCCUCCCCCCACCAUAGCUUUAUUGUAAAUUUUUCUAACCUUAAAGUGCUUUGUAACAUAUAAUAAAUCUAAAAAGCUAACGCUAAAGUACAAAACCAAUGAUAUAUAGUAUCUAACGUAGUUUUCGUAAACCGUUUCUUUGAAUUCGAAUUACGCCGGUCAAGAUAUUUAUGCCCGUAUUCACCAUUUCAUGUAUUCCCGGUCAAGGAGUUGAAUUUUUCAUUACAGUACCUAUACGAAAUGAUUUUAAAAAAUAACACAUUUAUUUUAUACAAAUGUUAAGAAUAAAAUCAAACAUAACCUCACUUGUUAAUUAGCCGCCAUUAUAAUUCGAUGCCAUCGAGAAAUUAAAGUUGAUUAGGAGAAACAGUACAAUGGUGCAUACGGACAUUACUUUCGGCUCCUUUUGGUGCUCUUUGUUAAUAAGAUCUUCUAUUUAUUGACCUUUUAGUUCCGUAUAUAUGAUAACUGCGGGCAGCGAUACGCCUAGACUGUGCCGCAUGUUACUGAGAAAAGUAGAAAAUGUUCCUUUUUUUUUUAAAUUAAUUUAAUAAUUUGCUUUGUAUAAAUUUUUAAUAUUUCGCGAGAAUUUGUAUAUACUCGUAUUGUGGUUGAAACUGUAAAUUGUAUAGUGACGAUGUACUAUAUCCAGAAGAACCUGUUCGAAAUUUAUCUUACCAAAGAUUUUUCGAAAUUUUCCGAAACCCACCGCGAAAACGUCCCGGGAAAUUUCGAGAACUGGAGAAAUUUUGUGUGGAACACAAAUGUAUUAUAAAUAUAUGUUUAAAGUGUACAUAUGAUUAAAACUAAACAAACAGACAGUGUAAAUGCUUUCGUUGACGUUGGCCUCGCCCAAUAACCUAUACUGUUAAACAUAGAAAGUGAUAUAGCUACAUAGCAAUACCUUUUGUUUCCUAUUUUUACAUAUUUUUCAGGUACCGAAUGGAAUAAUCUAUAUGAAUUUUACAGUCCUUUUCGUUUUCGUAUGAUGAUACAGUAAUAACGUAUUUAAUUAAAAAGAAAUUGUAACUAAAGUAGAAUGAAUAAUGUGAAAUGUCUCUGUGUAUAUGUCUCCUAUC